GAGGACGCAGGUGGCGAGGUGCCUGCUCGCCGGGAGCUGCAAUGGAGGCGCUGGCGGGUGCCCCUGUGGCUAUCGCCGUGGCCGUGGUAGCUGCAUCCGCCCUGCUGCUGCUGCUGCUCAGAAACACGCGGCGGAGGGACGGCGGCCUCGUCACCCUGCAGGACCCGCUCGCUAAAUACCCUCUGCGGCUGGUGGAGAAGGAGGAAAUUAGUCAUGAUACUAAGAAAUUCCGAUUUGGGCUGCCUUCUCCAGAUCAUAAAUUAGGAUUACCUGUAGGCCAACAUGUUUACCUUUCUGCAAGAAUUGAUGGGAAUCUGGUGAUUCGAGCCUAUACCCCAGUUUCCAGUGAUGAGACAAAAGGUUAUGUUGAUUUAAUUAUAAAGGUCUACCACAAAAAUGUGCAUCCCAAGUUUCCAGAAGGUGGAAAGAUGUCCCAGUACCUCAAUGACAUGAAGAUUGGAGAUAUUAUUGAUUUCAGAGGGCCAAAUGGGCUCCUUGUCUAUAAGGGGGCAGGUACCUUUCUUAUCAAGCCUCAUAAGAAGUCUGAAGCAGAGAAGAAGUUUGCAAAACAUCUUGGGAUGAUAGCUGGAGGAACAGGAAUAACUCCGAUGUUGCAGCUGAUUCGUCGGAUCACAAGUGAUCCCAAGGACUCCACUAAAUGUUAUCUUCUUUUUGCUAAUCAGACAGAGAAAGAUAUAUUACUGAGAGCUGAGCUAGAAGACAUUGCUAAGAGGCAUCCUGAUCAGUUCACGUUUUGGUAUACACUGGACAGACCUCCACAAGAUUGGAAGUACAGUUCUGGCUUCAUCACUGCAGAGAUGAUUCAAAGCCACCUCCCUCCCCCUGGCAGUGAGACACUCAUUCUCCUAUGUGGGCCACCACCCAUGAUUCAGUUUGCCUGUCAGCCCAACCUGGACAAACUUGGCUAUCCCAAGAGCAGUACAUUUUCUUAUUAAUGCUGAUGUCAUCUGAUACUUUUUCCUAAGUACUGUGUGUUUUCCUACAGGAACAACUGGUAUGUAACUGCA